AUGGCUACUGUGCCACAGAGCACGCUGAGCUGGCUCUACGGCGUGUUGACCAAGGAUCACUACGAUCCCAACCAGACCUACCGCGAUGCGAACCGGACAUACUACGAUGUCGCCGCAGCUCUUGCACAGUAUCCUUCGCUGGGCCCGCGGACGGAUGUUUACACAUUCGAGAAUGGCAUCUCCGCCCUUCUCCUCCACCUCGUGGGAACAUUGCCAGUGAACUUUCGCGGUGCUAUAUACAAGUUUCCCAUUGAGCUAUGGAUUCCUACGGCCUAUCCUAUGGAACCACCGAUGGUCUACGUGACGCCUACGCAGGACAUGGUCAUCCGCGUCGGACAGCAUGUCACACUCGAGGGGAGAGUAUAUCAUCAUUAUCUGGCGCAUUGGGCUGAGGCAUGGGAUAGAUCCUCCAUUGUCGACUUUCUGACCAUUCUCCGAGAGGUGUUCGCAAAAGAACCACCGGUAAAAUAUAAACAGCAGCAGGCUCCCGCUCCACCUCCGCUGCCUCCCCUUCCGCGGGAACUCAACCCAUCGCCAAGCCCAGUUGCGCCAGCACCGUCGAACCCCCAAGCUCCUCCUCAGCUCCCUCCUAAGCCGGGUCGAACACAGACACCGGAGCAAAGGCAGCCUGGACCAGACAGAUAUAAGUCGCCGCCUCCGCUUCCACCGCUUCCUCCCAAAGAGACGGCCGAUUCGAGGAGGUUAUCCUUCCAAUAUCAGAAUGGACCGAACAAUACAGCGCCGAACAGACCACUCCACUACUCGCCGCAGCGUUCGAGCAGCUUACGCAACGCAGCCGUACCUCCCCAGCGGUUUGCAGACGAGAGGGCUACUCCUGGUAGUCCCCUACCUCCUACUACGGCAUACGCGCACCAGCAACCUCCUGUAGGUCCACUGCCUCAGGGGUAUUCGCAGCCCUCACAGCCUACCUACCAACAAUACCAGCCGGCUUAUCGACCUCCGCAAGUACCCCCCCACCAAGUUCAGCAACAAUACUAUCCUCCGCCACAAGCCCCUCUAAAUCAACCGGCACCAGCUCCGGCACCAGCUCCGGCACCAGCUCCGGCACCAGCUCCCAAACCUCAGACCCCGGAUCUCCUUACAUCGCCUUUCGAAUUAGAACUACCGUCGAUGGCACCCUCGGGUCCUGCGCCACCGAUCCCACCGAAUCCAGAGAAGGACGCACUGUUGCACGCGGUCUCCAAGACACUCACCGAGACUCUUCAAUCCAACGUGGGCCAGUCGAAGUCUGCAGUGCAGCCUCUCCUAUCCCAAUCCAAAGCAUUGCAAGGGGCUAUCGCCACCCUGCAAGGCGAGAUCGCUGCGUUGAAUAACUUUAAUGCGACGCUUCAGUCCAACACCUCUAUCCUCCAGCAGUCCCUUCACCGUGCAGACGCCGUGAUCGCAGAUGCGCAGGCCCGUAUCUCCUCACCGGCACCACCAGGGACGGAAGGACCGUCCAAUGCGAGCGGUGAUAGCAGAAGAGGGCUCCCGCCUAUCGAUGAUGUCCUCGUCGCACCUACGGUUGUUGGCAAGCAACUGUACGACCUCGUGGCAGAUGAGAGCGGCAUUCAGCAGGCCAUCUACGCUUUGCAGUCUGCUCUUGUUAAAGGCAUCAUUGGUGUAGAUACAUGGUCGCGACACACGAGAGGUCUAGCAAGAGAAGCGUUCCUUAAACGGGCUCUGAUUCGAAAGAUUGGAAAAGGCAUGGGCCUUGAGGGAGGCUGA